CGCCUUGCGCUCCGCCCCGCGGAGGGGAGACAAAGGCGCCUGGACCCCUCCCCCCAAAAAAACCAAAAAAACCCAAAAAUCCCUCCCCUAAACCCACCCCUUCUUCAAUACCUUCACAUACACAUCACCCCCUGCCCCCCUCCACCCGGUUAUAACGCGCUUUCUCCUCCUCCCGCUACCGCUCCGGCUCAUGGCUACGAGGGUUUCUCCAUGCCUGGGGGGGGUCCGGCAGGAAUGGCGGGAGGGCGUCGAGGCAGCGGCGGUGGUGAUGGUGGUGAUGGUGGUGGCAAGGGGGUGUCGGUGAAGAUGGCGUUCCGACGGGCUUACUCCAUCAAAGACAAGCUGCAAGCCAUCGAGAGGGUGAAGAAAGGCGAAAGGCAAGCGUCGGUGUGCCGGGCUUUUGGGGUCCCCGGGGGUACGUUGAGGGGUUGGUUGAAAGAUGAAGCCAAGCUGAGGUGGUUCCUGGAGCAGCUGGGAGGUGAGGUGGGCACCCAACGCAAGAAGAUGCGCUUGGCCAACGAGGAAGAGAUCGACCGCGCCGUCUACGCUUGGUUCCUCGCUCUCCGGCAACACGGCGUCCCGCUUUCCGGACCUCUCAUCCAAGCUCAGGCUGAAGCUUUCGCCCGGCAGAUCUAUGGUCCUGAAUGUACCUUCAAAGCCAGCCACGGGUGGUUUUGGCGUUGGCAGAAGCGUCACGGCAUCUCCAGCCAACGCAUUUACGGCGAGGGCGGCCUCCCCGCCGAACCCGAACGCGCUCCAGCCUCUUGCCCCGAGGUUUUCCCCGUGGUGGCCGCCGAUGCCGGGGGCUACGGGGAUGAGCAGAUCUACAAUGCCAAUGUAACCGGACUCUACUGGAAGCUCUUGCCAGGGCAGAGCCUUGGGGUGACCUCAACGGCGCAGCGGCGAUCGGUUCCCCGUGAACGGGUCACCGUCUUGUUGGCCGCCAACUUGACCGGUUCCCACAAACUCAAACCUCUGGUGAUCGGGAGCUUUCGUGACCCUCCCAGCCUCCGCCAUCACAACCAGGACAAAUUCCCCGCUUGCUACCGGUACAGCCCUGAAGCCAGGUUGGGGCCGGCGCUUCUCCGGGCUUGGUUUUUUGAGGACUUUGUGCCGGGUGUCAAACGUUACCUGCGCCGGAGUUGCCUUCAGCAGAAGGCUGUCUUGCUGCUCAGUUCCCCACCCACCACCCACUCUGGGAAGGAUCCUGAGGAAUCCCCUCCCCUCCAGACACCCGAUGGCUCCAUCCGUGCUCUUUUCCUUUCCAAAGGAUCCGCUGGGAGCGGCUCUGUUGGAGGAGGAGGAGGCCGAAUUCCAGCCCUGCUGGAGCAGGGGGUGGUCUCCACUUUCAAGCAGCUCUACAAACGGGAACUGCUGCGUUUGGCCGUCUCCUGCACAGCCGGUGGCUCCGGUGGCCCCGUGGAUUUUGUGAGGUCGUUUCUCCUCAAGGACAUGUUAUACCUGGCCGGCCUUUCCUGGGACCUCAUCCCUCCUGGCUCCAUCGAGAAGUGUUGGCUGCUGGGGCUGCGCGCCGCCUUCGAACCCCAACCUGGGGAGGAAGAGCCCGCUGACCCUCCCCAGCGUGGGGAGGAAGGUGGAGGGGACAGCAAAGUCUUUAGUGACCUGACCCACCUGGCAGCGUUGGCUUACAAACGCUUGGCUCCCGAAGAGGUGGCCAACUGGUUGCACUUGGACGACGCGGCGCCGGGUACGGAGGGCGACAGCGGGGAGGGCAACGCCGAGGAGGAGGAGGAAGGCUGUGGGGUGGAGGAGGAAGAGGAGGAGGAGGAGGAGGCAGCUGCCAGAGAUGGCAGGAGGGGUGGGGAAGGAGGGGAUGUCUUGGUGCCCACGGCUCGGGAAGCCAUCAAAGGUUUGGAGACGGCGUUGCGUUGGCUGGAAGGUCAAGACCCCCGGCAAGUGGGGCCUCUGAAGCUGGUGCAGCUCCGUUCCCUCCUCAGCAUGGCCCAGAGGCUGCAUCGUGGUGGCAGCCCCCGUUCCUAGGGCAGGGCAAACCAUGACUUUUCAGCUACCAGACCACCCCACCCAGGGGGCACUGGGGGGUUGAGGACACCCUGGUUGUUGUCCCAGGUGCCAGCUCCCCUUACCCCCCUCCAUCAUGGAUGGAGUCCUGGGUUUGCCACAGCUAAGAGGAGGGGUUGAAAUUUAGGGCUAAAUGGGGUGGGGGUGUUAUUUUCUUUUUCAUGUGCUGCAACCCCUGUGUGAGUGUUCAAGGGUUGUUCCUCACCCUGAGAGUAUUUAGGAGGUGCUAUUCUUUAAAUCUCACAAGACUGAGCCAGGGGGUGGCCCCUUGGUCAGCACCACUUGGUGCCCCCCGACACUGUGGGGAGAAGGGGAGAGGGAAAAACCUGCUGGGUGUCACCUUGAGGAGCUGGGAUGAUGAGGGAAGUGACAGUUCCAGGCUUCUCAGAGGUGGCCACAGCUGGAUGGACAGAGACCAAUCCUGGGGGGGGCAGUAAGGCAAAAAUCCUGUCCUGGAAGAAGUUGGUGGCACCCUCCCCACUGCCAAAACAGAGCCUGGUGAAACUGGGGAGGUUUGGAGCUGCUUUAAGACAACUUUUUUUCCAUGCACUGGAUUGGGACAGGGACACUUGGGUGGCAUCCAAGAAGCUGCAGCUUCCCAGAGGGGGUCACCUCCAUCAUUCUUGGGACAGCCCUACACCCCUGGAACACCCAGACCACAGAGACCUGCUGAAACAGGUAUCCAAGGUGUCUCCUCUGGGGUUUGUGGGGUGAGAUGGGAGAGGGGAGGGCUCCCAGCACUGCCUUGAAAUCAACAGAGGCAUCAGAUGCCAAUUUAGCAGCUCUGGCCCUGAUUUUGGGUUAAAUUUUAGCCUGCUUAGGCAAACUGUUGAAAGGGGGUUAAAAAAACCAAACCCAACCCAACUCAUCAGUGGUGCCCUGCCCCAUUGUCAGUGGGUGGGGUGGGUGUUUUUACUUGUUGGGUCUUUGUCUCAAUAACUUCAGAGUUUAUGGAAAUUAAAUGGAUUUU